GAUUGGGCUCCGGGUCAGCCUUGCCUUCGCCAGUCAGGUAAGGCACUGCAGAUUGACCACCAAUAAAAUGCUUGCGGACCCUGCCAUGACUCAAUAAUUUGGACCGCAGUUUUUUGUGGCCUACGAACAGCACAGUGCUGUGGAGUGUCGACAAUCCAAGUGCUGUAUUGGCGUCACACCAUCGAAGCACUCACCACUCUGAAAGAUAUUACUCUAUUGCCUACAGAGUCCGACAGCGAAAAUAAAGCCUUUGAUCGGCCAGGACAUUCCUGCACCGUCGCCAUGUCUGACCUAAACCCGUUCCUCCAGGCCGCGGUCACUCCCGACCCUGACCCUCGACUAUUGCCCGUCCUGCGAGCAAAACCUGAACUUGCCUCUGCCCAAGAUGCACAUGGUUAUUCUCUGCUACAUGCUGCCGCAUCCUAUAAUCACCUCGACCUUUUGCGAUCACUGAUCAACGAGUUUGGGGUCGACAUCAACCUUAAAGAUGAAGAUGGGGAGACUUGCUUGUUCGUUGUGGAGACUGUGGAAGCCGCAAAGUGUCUGGUGGAAGAACUACACGUUGAUGUUGGCGUACAGAACGACGAAGGUAUGACGGCCGCAAAGAAAUUCGUAUCCGAAGAGGAAUUCCCGGACGUUGCAGAGUACCUUCAAACGCUUUCUCACCAGAAUCAAAGCACCGAUGCCGCUUCUAACCGGAGUGGUCCUGUUCCGAAUGAUGCGACACAACGUAUCCCACCACCACCACCACCUAAUGUGACCAUAAAUAUCGACACAGCGGCAAAUGCAUCGGCUAACGGCAUCGAGCAAGAGCCAGACCCAGAGUUUAGGAGGAGGAUAGAAGAGCUCGCUGCCAAGGAGAAUUUCAACACGGAGGAGGGCCAGAGGGAAUUGCGCGAGUUGAUCACGGACGCGGUCAGAGGGGUUGGCAAUGAGGAACGCGACGUUCGAAGACGAAUGCAGUGAUUGUUAAGGCCAGGCUUGAGACCCUUGUGACCCUUUUCGGAAACAUCGACGCAUACCACAUCCCACGACGAAUGGGUGGCGCGAUAACAAGCAUGAACCUCUAUGGAUCAACCUGCAAUCUACAGGGUUCAGGGGUAUCUGAAGAUGUCUGCGAUCAGCCUGAAGUCU